AUGCGUCUCUCAGCAAUCCUCCCAGCCGUCCUCCUCAGCGCCGCGCCCUUGGUGAGAGCAAGCAAGUUCAUCGGCUACACCUGCUACGGCUGCAACUGUAACGGGUUCCAGAGCUUCGGAGACGACAAGUUCGAGGCCUGCGUCAACCUAUCGCAGGGCGCCGCCUCUUGGGGCGUCAGCGCCACGCCGCUGGACGGGGUCUUUUGCACCCUAUUUUCCGGUAGCGGGUGCACGGGUAGCUCGCAGAAUGUCGGCCACCAUAAUGGUCAGAGCUGGGGAUGUACGAACUCGAACAUUGGGUGGGUACAGUCUGCCAAGUGUUGGCCUAACUGA